AGUCAGUCAUCGGUGGGGGCUCAGUGGAGCUGCGUACAGUGGACUGAGCACACAGCAAUGCGGACUAAGAAGGGCAAAAACGAGGGGAAUAGUCCGGUUUUCCUGAACAACCCGGCGGGUCGGGGCUCUGACUGAUCAUAAAGAAUAAUUAAACAAGGGUGGUGUCGCUAAAACUCAAUAGAAAAGGACCAUAACACGAUUGGAAGCAGCUCCGGGCCGGAUAUUUAUCCUGGACAAAAUCACCUACUCACAUUCGUAUUCACAGCCCCGGUGUCGUGUGGAAUCGUCGGCUAAAAGAAUGAGUUCUUGAAUAUUUGUAUACUUUUUUUGCCUGCACCCUUUUCCAUUUUUGUACAGACUCGCUAUGGUGGACUCCCCUACCAUGAGGAAGACUUUUGUAGUUCCAGACAUAAAGCCAUUGGAUUUGUAUGACUGUACUAAAGCAAAAAUAUGCGCAAGUGUCGGAUGGCUACUGGCAAAGUCCUACGGGAGUGCAGAGAAUGUACCUGCAGAGCUGCGUGACCCCUUCUACUGUGACCAGUAUGAGCAGGAGCACCUUAAACCUCCAGUCACACGCCUCCUGCAGUCCUCCGAGCUCUACUGUCGCACCUACAGCCUAAUACAGGGUGGCACUGGAGCAGAGGCACAGCCCAAAGACAAUGCUGCCCUGGUGCAGCUCCUCACUCAGAGAGGCCUACUCUCCAAAGAACAGGAUGUACCAGUGACUGAUGCAGAUCUUCGGCAUAAACCCAUCAAAAUGAGUGCUCACCUAGCAGUCAUAGAUGCCCUGAUGGCUGCAGGAGCCAUGGAGACGGUGACUGCGGUGAAGUCGUGUGCUUCUGCCAAACUACUAGGUGGAGCUGCCAGCUGGGAGGAUGCUUUGCUCAACUGGGUUAAUGAGUUAAACCAGAAGUUGAGGGAACGUGCUGAAGCAGCCCAGAAUGACUCAUCUCAGGCUUUAACAGAGCCCCAACCUGUUCAACCCUCUUGUCCUACACGCUGGUACUGGAAACUUGUUCCUCUCCGCUACAGGAAGGAUAAAAUACAGUCCAAACAAAAGCCCAUUUUUCCAGCGGUGAAUGAAGUCAAAGACCUGUCCAGUGGGUGUGCUGUUGCUGCGGUCAUACAUUACUAUUGCCCUGGCCUGCUUAGACUUGAAGAUGUUUGUAUGAAGGAGACCAUGUCUGCAGCAGACAGCUUGUACAACCUGCAGUUCAUCAAGGAAUUCUGUGACAGCUGUCUGAGAAGCUGCUGUCACUUAGCAAUGGAGGACAUGCUAUAUGUCCCACAGGAGCUUCAGCUGAACUUGCUGAGUUUCCUAGCAGAAUUACUCAACUGGUUUGAAGUACAAAGGCCAGAAUUUGUUCAACCAAUUGACACGUUAUGUGGAUCCACAGCAGGUGCACAAAGAAACCCGAGUGGUAACAGUACUUCCCCUUCCAUCUUCAAGAAGCCUUUUCUCCCCAUCUCCUCUCCUGCAUCAGGAUCUCUGACUCAGUCUACCUCAAUGUCUCAUAUAGAAGGAGUUGGAAAGACAUGGGGCAAGAAACCUCUGAGCCGCCCCUUGUCAGCAGUAUCCUUCAGCAUUCCGUUUGGCCUGGACAGUGAUGUGGACAUCGUGAUGGGCAACCCUGUGAUUACCCGCUCUGUGAGCUCAGACCAACUCAACCCAGCAGGCCAAAAUAUGACCAGGGUACCCUUCACCCCUCCUGAAGACCUGAGCCAUUUGCUGAGUAAACCCCCUGGUCCCAAUGGUCCACAGAGAGCUUCCUGGGCCACUCAGACACCCAGUAUUCCAAGGAUGGCAGAAGAGAAUGGCCUUCCAGCAAGUGAAACUGGAGAAUUGCCCACCAUAGAGGAAGCUCUUCAAAUUAUCCACAACGAGAGCAAGAUGGAGCCUCGUUUACACCCUGAUGGUGCUCCUGAUGGCUUCUACCUCCACUCUCCUGAUGAUCCUGCUAGUUCUAGACAUAACAACAACUUAGCACCCAUUAGCUGCUCUGCCCCCACACGCUCAGGUAUGAUGUACAGGCCAACUGGAGAGUCCAGGGAGCCCACUCGCACCAGAAACACUUCUGAAUGUUCACGUGAUGAUGACUCAGUCUUGAGAGACGGAAGUGUGGACUCUGACGCGUCAGAAGACCUUCCUAAGGUCCAGUCAAUGCCAUCCACGCCAGCGGCUGGUUUGCAGUCUGCCAGUGGCAAUGGCAAAGAGACAUCUGAUAGUGGCGUGAAGAUGACUAGCUUUGCAGAACGCAAAAAGAAACAGAUUUUGGAUUCUCCCAAAGCCAGUGACCCCUCUUCCCCUUCGAUGACCACAUGGACACAAAAGUCUGAAGAAAGCCAGAACAAGAGUCCACAACUCAAUAACGAAAUGUCUGAGCUGGGUGUUAGGCUUGAGGAAAAGCGUAAAGCUAUCGAAGCACAGAAGAAACGCAUUGAAGCAAUUUUUGCAAAGCAUAGGCAAAGACUUGGAAAGAGUGCCUUUCUGCAAUUAAAGAAAGAGCAGAAUGAAGAGGAAGGAGGAGGGGAUGGCCAGACCAGUACCUCAUCCACAGAAGAAGACCUGUCCCGUUUGACUCUAGAAGAAAGGCUAGCUCGAAUGGAAGAGGAAGACCAACAAGAACAAGAUGAAAAACAUUCCUCAGUGGAUGAUGAUGGCAAUGUCAGAGGAGGACCACUCAGCCACUCCAAAGAAAAAGCAGGAACACCAGGAGACAAGGGCUCUGGGACACCUGGGGAGAAAAUGGUAGCUCCCUUAGGGGACUAUAACAAUGCUGUAUCCAAGCUGACUGCUGCUCUCAGCUCCCUGCAAAGUGACAUGCAGCGACUGACUGAGCAGCAAAACCAGUUAGUGAAGAAGAAAGCUGCAGAUUCCAGCAACAACUCCUGGGUCAUUCCAGCCAGCCCUAAAACCUCCACACCAGCCCCUUCCCAUGCACGUGCAUCACGGGAAUCCACCCGAGACUUAAAUUCAGCCUCCUCCUCUCCAUCUCCAUCCCGCAAAAUGACAAACCACACCACUCCUCAUAAAUCUCCUCGAGUCCAACGUAGAGCCCAAUCUGUGCCCCCAAAAAGCCCCAAACACAACCAACACAAUCGUCCCUUGGAUUUAAAGACUCCAACCCUAUCGAGGGUUCUCAAUACUUCACAAAACGUGGACCGCAUUCCCCACCUUCGUCGCGUCAAUCCAUGGCAAUCACAAGUCCAGACCUCGUCAUCAUUCUCCAUUGGUGACUCUGACAGCUUAGAUGACCUACGUUCAUCUGGACUAACUGCUUUAACAACGCCUACCCCGACUCCCCGUCCUGCUGCAGAUGACGUGCUGUCAGAGGUGGGCUCCAAUGAUGAUCAGAGCAUAUUUAGCAUGGACCUAGAGACAGGGCCUUCACAUGGUCAUUUAGCUAGGAAGGAAGAUCUUCCAGGUGGAGGCUGCAGCUCUGGUGCUGCAUCAGAGUGCUCCUUUGAAAGUGAUGCCCCUGCAGUAGUGUCGAAUGGCAAACACAGUAGCUUGAUAGAGAUCUCGCUGUCUUCUCUGCGGGGAGACAGGGAGGAGGAUGACCAAGUACCUGAUGUGUUCUCUAACUCAAUGACUGACGGGACAGAGCAAGACCUGAAAGGAGGGGUGGGCUUCUUUUUCAAGGAUGACAAGGAGCGCCCGGAAGAUGAGAUGGCCCAGCGAAGAGCGGCUUUGCUGGAGAAACAGCAGAAGAGAGCAGAAGAGCUGAAAAGACGAAAACUUGAACAGGAAAAGGAAAAAGAGUCCAACAAGCCUCAGUGGAUGGUUAUUGAGGGCUGGGGGAAUAAAGGAGAGGACAGACCCCAGACUCCAGGAACCCCUCCAGCAUCAUCUGCACAUCCAUCAGAGGGGACUCCUCAGCGCAGAGGAGACUUCACUAGGCAGGAGUAUGAGAGGAGGCAUCAGCUGAAGAUCAUGGAAGACUUGGACAAGGUGCUGAGACAGAAACCUACCACAGUUCGCGGUGUCAAGAAGCAGAGACCCAAGACUGUGUUCAGGGACGACUCUGUCCUCUCCCAUAGCCCUGCAAAAGGAUUUAUGGGAACCAGGCUGAACAAGGUUUACUCCCACUCAACCUUGAACCUGUCAUCCAUGGCUAAUGACUCAGGAGGUUUGACUGUCAGGAAGUCCCCCAGCCGUUCACAUUCUCCCUCGCGGCUAAUGUCACCAAGACGAAUGAGUGCUCAGAACGGAGAGAGGGACUGGGAGAAUGGCUCCACUAUUUCUUCCCCUGCUUCAAUCCCAGAAUACACAGGGCCUAAGCUCUACAAGGAGCCCAGCUUUAAGUCGAACAAGUUCAUCAUCCAUAAUGCGAUCACUCGCUGCUGCCUGGCAGGAAAGGUUAAUGAACCACAGAAAAACAAGAUUGUAGAGGAAAUGGAGAAGAGCGCUGCAAACCACUUCCUCAUCCUGUUCAGAGACGUAAGCUGCCAGUUCAGGGCCGUGUACACCAUGAACCCUGAAACCGAGGAGAUGGUACGGCUCACUGGGAUUGGCCCCAGGAUCAUCGCACCUGAGAUGGUUGAAUCGAUUUACAAGUACAGCUCUGACCGCAAGCAGUUCACUGUCAUCCCGUCCAAAACGAUGUCCAUGAGUGUUGACGCCUUUACUAUCCCUGGUCAUUUUUGGCAAAAGCGCCCGGGAACUCCUAAGAAGCUGGGCACCCCAAAAUAAAGACAUACCCAGGAUGGGUAGGGAUGUUACCAUUCAGGGAACUAACCCCACCUCAUGUCUCUCAUUGUCUUUUCUUUGGCCAGUGAGGCAUUUAAGAUUGUUUGUUACCCAGUUAGACUAGUAGUGGACCGCAUGACUACUCAAACUAUUGGCCAGUUAUCAACUUGGACCACAAAAACAAUCAGUCAACUCUAAAUGCCAAGAGAAGGCCAAUAAAUAACUCAUUCAGCCAGUCUAGUUAUGUUAGUUUGUCUCUUGAGAGCUUCUGCUCUGCCUGGUCCACCAGAUUGUAAAAUGUAAUACAGCAGAUCGGGUUGUGAUGAAGAAUUUUCUUUACCGAGCACCCUGCUCCUCUUGUCUUGCCUUACGCUGCCCCUGGAGUCAUUUUUAUGACCCUUUAGUUAAGUAAGGAGGAGAUUACCUUACUGCCCUUGCCCGCACAUUGGGCUAGAGCAGUUCUGGACCCUCUAAAUUCAGCUUGCUUUUCCUUUUGCUGCCUUUUCUUCUACUUCCAGGGCUAACUCUCUCUCCAAUCUACUGAGACAAGUGGCUCACCUCUCAGUCCUGAUAGGAGAUCUCAGCUGAAAGUUAAUGGCAGGUAACACUGCACUUGUAUGAAUGUAGGGCACACUCUUAACCACUCAUUUCCAUUCAGGGUUGUUGUUUUUUUAAUAAAAUACCACAGUGGAUGGUUUCUCUGUGGGCUGCACUUGGUGGUGGCUACUGUGGUUGUCCAUGGACUUGCACACCUUGAAACUGCCAGUGCCCCAUAGUUUGUACAUUUUGCUCCAUUCCAACUCCUUUGGCUGUAGACAUGUGGAUGUUUUUAUACUACUUUGAAAUGUUUUUGCUGGACAAAUCACUUCAGCCCUUGAAAGCUGACAAAAGAAUGAAAUUCAUGCAACGUUUUUCUCCUCACCUGCUUUCUCAUUCUCAACAUGUGAUACAUUAUCUGAGCGUAUCUUGAAUAUAAUACUGGAAACAUGAAGGAGGGCUUUAUCCUAUUUAUCAUUACUUGGAUACAGCUCUGUGUGAAAAGGAUAAUCAAUGCUGAUUUAAUAUAUAUGCUGAAUGCUGAUUACAUUGAUUUUUUUUUUCAAUUAUUUGUAAAAAUUAAGAUGACCUUUGUAAGCUACUAAUAAGCUAGCCUGCUGCUUAAGCAUUAGUGAGAUGGAUGUUUGAGAUGAGAUGAGUGAAUGAAAAUGAACGGGUGAAAAUUUCUGAACCAUUUGUCCUGGGAUGAAUAAAUCCUUUAGGUCAUAAGGAGUUUGUUUCAUAUUGUAUGAUUCCCUGUUUGUGUGCACUGGCAUUUUUACAGUGGGUUUAUUGAAGGAUCAUUCCACUGUAACUGCCCUCAUCUUCCCCACAAAGUCUCCAGAGACUCUUUCAUGGAAGAAUGUAAAAUAAAUGCCAAGCUGUUUUUUUUUUUUUUUUUGCCAGUGCAUCCGUGGUUUUUGGAAAAAACACUUGACCCUGCAAAUGUUUGUGAUCAGGUCAAUUUCCCUACAUAAUCUGUGGGAAGUUGGUCUCCAUCUCUUCUUUGCAGUCUUUAGCACUACAGCAGCUGGCGAGUUUCAGCUGUCUUCUCUCAAAUCACGGACUGCCUCCAACAAAUGUGUUGUUUGAUUGAGAUUCCAUUACGGAUGUAAAAAUAAAAAUUUGAGCUGCGAUUAGGAAAACUGGUUAGGUGAUUGAUUAAAAGUGUGAGUGGAGGAGUGCAUAUGGAAUUACUGGAUGCUUGUAUUUAUGUUUGUAAAAGACUAGUAUGAGGUAGUUGAACACUAUUUUGAUUCUGUGCAAUUCUCACUUAGAAAUCCCCACUACCCAGAGGUGUAUUUAUUUGGUUUGCAUUAGAUGGUGCAUUUGAUGUUUAGUGUCAGGUCCUUCUUAUGUCUUUUUUUUGGUUGAGGUUGUAAAUCACUCAUUCAUUUCAUAGAAGUUGUCAUAACAUUUAUGUUGUUUUCUUUUUCUUCUGUUAUCAAAUCUGUGCCAGCACAUUAUGUAUGUUCAUUUCAUAAAUUGACUACCGUUGGCAACUGGACCAGACAAAUAAAAAAAAACUUUUUAAAUCAU